AUGGGACAAGACGCUUGCAGAGCGGCGAAUCGAGCGAAGGACAGCAAACCUGGCUUCGUUGGGAUUUCCGUCCUUCCGCGCAUUCUCCCUUUGUUUCAGAUGCCGGGAGACACCGUGCACCGGGAUGGCGUGCUGGCGUUGGCGCGGCUCAUCAAGCGAAGGCUAAGGAAGCAACACGAGGCUAGGCGACGAGUUCUCUCGCUCUUGGAGUCAAGCCAGGGGCAGCAGCUCCUGCGGUUCCUGCUUCGUCUUUCCAACGACGCGGAAACGCCGUCUCCCGCCACCGCACCGAAUGCGUUCCUGGUGCCGCUACAGGGAGACCUAAAGAUCCUCGAAAAGGCGCUCAUGCGGCGGCACCUGGCGAGGAUCAACGCCGAGGUCGAGAAGGGCCUCUUGCCUGCAGUGCUUCCUUCUGGCGUCGCCAUCGAACAGAUCGAAGAGAGGCUCCCUGACGGCUCCAUCCGGUCUUGCCUGCGAGCUCGGCUAGUGCGGACAGCAGGGAGGAGCGACGACAGGGAGCGAGAGUCGAAUGGGAAUCCGCUGCUGUUGGCUCAAUCGCAUCAGAGGGCCUGCGCGCAAGCAGAGGUUCCUCACAUCUCUGCAGCUGGCGCUACAGACCGCAGUGAAGCCACAGCCAAUGCAGACGAGCCGAUGCAGCUCUCCUUGAAAGCCUUCUUGUCUCAUCUGCCCGGCGCCAACUCCCGGAGCGGCUUGGCAGAUCGCCCCUCCUGCACUCCUCAACCUGCUGCUAGCUCUUGCCCGCAUGUCAUUCCAUCGGAUACUUGUGACGCCUGUGAGAAACGGGGGGCUUCCAGCUCCUCCGGGCUUGCGUCAACGUCGUUAUCUUGCGCGUCCGCCCUUUCUUCCUGGGCGGCCCCUGGCUCGUGCGAGGGUCUCCGCGCGCUUCCGCAUGACGACGAGGCCUCCGCGAGCGCCGUACGCACGCCCCGGUUGCUCUCUCCGCCGCUACAGCCUCGCGUCGCCCUGCGAAGCGACGCCUCCACGCGGACGCCCUCUUCCCUCACGACGGCGAGCAGUUUCGCCACGAGGGACAGCACGUCUCAUGCCGCGGAGGACGGGCUUCUCAGGGCGCUUCAGUCUGGCGCAUUCCCCAGAAAUGAGGCUCUGAGAAAGCGCGCGGCGCAACUGAUGCGCGCGGAGGACGAGAAGCGAAAGGCGCACCUCCGCUGGCAACGGCGGGUGACGGAAGUGAAGUUGAAGCAAGAAGCUGUCCGCGCGUUCAGACAGCAACGCAAGGCAAAUGCAGCUGCAGCGGCCGAGGAGGCCUUCGUCGAGGCGAUGCGUCAGCGCGAAGAGCGCGAGGCGCGCCGCCGCCGGCGCCAAGCUCAACUGCGAAAACGCCUGCUUGCGAGUCCCUUCCCUCGGAGUGGCGCCGCCAUGUCGACUCUUCGGUGCGCCUCCGGCUCCUCCCGACGGUCCACGCCCGCGGCCGCAAAGAAGGGUCGCAGUGCAAGUCUGAUUUCCGGCCUUGGCUCGCAGUCUGCAGAGACCAAAGACGGAGCCUGGAUACCAAGACGCACAGACGGGGUGUCUGCAGCUGCCCAAGAUGCCGCCGCCCAGAAGUCAAACUGUCACAGCCUGAGCGAAGCUGAAGGCGGAGACCCCGUCUGUCUCUCCGCGCCUCUUGCGGAGGUCUCUGCACUUCGAUCACCUCGCCAGUCGCCUUCUGCUUCCGCUUCUUCUGCCUCGCUUUGGUAUCGAGACGGCACCCCCGCGAGCCCGACCGGCGCUGCUUUACCGCCGCCACUAGCGCUCGUCAUUUCCUCCUCGCUGCCCGAGUCCUCCGGCUCUGGGUCGGUCUCAUCUCAUCUCUCACCUGCUGCAUCCUCUCUGGGGCCCUUGACUUCUUCAAAGCAAGCUUCGGCGCCGCCCUCCUGCCCAAUGUCUGCAGCAAGGCUCAGUCAGCAUCCGCCAGCAAGAGAUUGCGCAGCAUCGUCCGAGGGCAAACGGCCAGACAAUGCAGCGCGGGCCCCAGGGGCAGUGGGUGCGGAGACGCGGACGAACGAGAUGCUGGCAGUUUUGGGGAACCAAGAUGAAGAAGUAGAGCAACCAGCCAAGGCGGAGAGCGAGUCCGGAGAAACCGGCGGGCACAUGGGACAGCAGCAGCCGGGUGACGAGAGGCCGCGCGACCAUGGAACACAAGAUCGCAUAUUAGAGAGUGGCGAGGUGCCGAGGCAUGCGACACGUCUGGCGGGCCUUCAACAGGCUACGGGUGAACAUCAGGAGCGACAAGGUCUGUUUUUUCAUCGGCCUCUGCCACCCUUCUGGCGCACGAAUGUUCCAGACCCUCCAGAGGGCCUCGUCGAGCGCCUGCGCCUGGGGAGAUGCCGGGAGAUCAAGGAGAAACGCGAGAAAGCCAAGGCACGUCAGAAAGCGCUCCUGCGGUCGAGUAGGAUCCGCGCUAAGUUCGCGGAGCACAGUGCAGGCCUCCGUCUGAUCUUUAGUCACUUCCGGGAUCCCCAAGCAGACGCCAUCCUCGAAAGAAACUGGUUUCGCUUCUCCGCCUGCUUCAGUCUCCUGCCGCAGCAGGAAAUGGUGAAAAUAUUUCGCCAUGUGGCUGGAAACAAGAUGUCUGUCAGCUCUCUCCAAGAUGCGCUUGUGCAUGUGGCGGCGAUCGCGAACGAGCUCCCUCUCUCGGAAGCGUCUGACGCGGAGGUGGCGAGCGCGGUCGAGUCGGUCCUCCGGCACCUCCGGAUGCACGAACCAAGAAUUCUGCGCGAGCGGCUUCACGCCUUCUUCGCCACGGCCGCGCCCUACCCGCAGUUUAUUCCUUUUGCGAUGGGGGGCAGCAAGGGGCAGGCUUGUUGA